CGCUGAGCAGCCAUGGAGAAGAUGCAGCAGAUCGUGGGCCGGGCCAGGGCCGCCUUCAGGUCGGGCCGGAGCCGCCCGCUGGAGUUCAGGAUUCAGCAGCUGAAGGCCCUGCAGAGGAUGGUGCAGGAGAAGGAGAAGGAGAUCAUGAGAGCCCUCAAGGCUGAUCUGAACAAGAGUGGGCCCAAUGCCUUCGCCCAAGAGCUCCUGGGUGUGCUGGCGGAGCUGGCCCUCACCAUGGAGAAGCUGCCAUCCUGGGCAGCCCCUCAUCAUGUCAAAAAGGACCUGCUGACCCUGAGGGACGAGGCCUACAUCGGCUACGAGCCCCUGGGCGUGGUGCUGGUCAUUGGGACCUGGAACUACCCCUUUGUGCUGGUCAUGCAGCCCCUGAUCGGGGCCAUCGCUGCAGGCAAUGCCGUGGUGGUGAAGCCGUCGGAGGUCAGUGAGAACACGGCUCGGCUGGUGGCUGAGCUGCUCCCACAGUACCUGGACAAGGAUCUGUAUGCUGUGGUCACUGGAGGAGUUCCUGAGACAACCGAGCUGCUGACCCAGAGAUUUGAUCACAUCCUCUACACUGGCAACUCUGCUGUGGGCAGAACUGUGAUGGCAGCAGCUGCCAAGCACCUGACCCCUGUCACCCUGGAGCUGGGGGGAAAGAGCCCCUGCUACAUCGACAAGGACUGUGACCUGGCUGUGGCCUGCAGGCGGAUAACGUGGGGCAAGUACAUGAACUGUGGGCAAACCUGCAUCGCCCCAGACUACAUCCUGUGUGACCCAUCCAUCCAGAGCAAGGUGGUGGAGAACAUUAAGGCCACUCUGAAGGAAUUCUAUGGGGAGGAUGUCAAGUCAUCUCCAGACUAUGAAAGGAUCGUCAACCAGCGCCACUUCAAGAGGAUCCUGGGCUUGAUGGAAGGGCAGAAAAUUGCUCUUGGGGGAGAGACUGAUGAGGCCUCCCGCUUCAUAGCUCCAACCAUCCUCACGGAUGUUUCCCCGGAGUCAAAGGUGAUGGAGGAGGAAAUCUUUGGGCCAGUGCUGCCCAUUGUGACUGUGAAGAGCGUGGAGGAAGCCAUUGAGUUCAUCAACCUUCGAGAGAAGCCCCUUGCCCUGUAUGUCUUCUCCAACAACAAGCAGCUGAUCAGACGGGUGAUAGCAGAGACCUCCAGCGGUGGCAUGACAGCCAACGAUGUCAUCAUGCACUCCGUGCUCCCAGAGCUGCCCUUCGGAGGUGUGGGGCACAGCGGGAUGGGCGCCUACCACGGCAGGUUCAGCUUCGAGACCUUCUCCCACCGUCGCGCCUGCCUCAUCAAGGACUUCAGGUGGGAUGCUGUGAACAGACUGAGGUACCCACCUGGCAGCGAGGAGCUCAUGCAGUUGGCCAAGCUCUUCCUGCUGAAGCAGUGUAACAGGAGCAGGGUGGGACAGUUCAUCUCGGCCCUGCUGGCGGCUGUGAAAGCCAUGCUGGCAAAGGUGUUGUGCCCCCAUUGA